CUGAAAGGGCUGAGAAAGUGAUGAGGGGCUGAUGUGAAGGGAUCCCGAGAAGAGAGAAGAGCCGGAGAAGAGUUUUAGUUGUCGUCGUUUUUUUUAUUUUUUUGGAAAGAGUGGCACUACCAAAGAUUUUUAAGUGAAGACACGGCCAAAAUGCUCUGCCACGUUACGCGUCCGGAUUCGGUUGUGAUGGAAGUGGAAGUUGAUGCGAAGGCGAACGGAGAAGACUGUCUCAAUAAGGUUUGCAGAAAGUUGGGUGUGAUAGAAGUGGACUACUUCGGGCUGCAGUUCACCGGCAGCAAAGGUGAAAACCUCUGGCUGAAUCUGAGGAAUCGGAUCUGCCAGCAGAUGGACAGUGUGGCGCCCUGCCGGCUGCGGCUGCGGGUCAAGUUCUUCGUGGAGCCUCAUCUCAUUCUGCAGGAACAGACGAGACACAUAUUUUUCAUGCACGUGAAGGAGGACCUCCACAACGGUCACCUGCGGAUGGGAUCGGAGCAAGCGGAGGAGCUGAGCGCGCUCCUGGCGCAGGCGGAGUUCGGCGACUACAACCAAAACACGGCGCAGUAUUGGUACUCGGAGCUGUGUGGAGAGGAGCCCAGCGCCGCCACCAUCAACAGUAUCAUUUCCAGGCACAAGGCUCUGGAGGGCCUGAGCCAGGGCUCGGUGGAGUACCAGGCCCUGCAGCUGGUCUCGUCUCUGGAGCACUACGGAGUGGAGUGGCACUGGGCUCGCGAUGCCAACGGUCAGCGGAUGGCCAUCGGGGUUGGCCCCGAGGGAAUCGCCGUUUGCAAGGAAGACUUCAGUUUAGUCAACAGGGUGAGCUACCCCAUCAUCCAGAUCGCCACCCAGUCGGGGAAGAGCGUCUACCUGACCGUCACCAAGGACACAAACGACAGCGUGGUGCUUCUGUUCAAGCUGAUCAGCAACCGCGCCGCCAGCGGUCUGUACCGGGCCAUCACGGAGACCCACGCCUUCUACAGAUGCGACACGGUUACCAAUGCAGUGAUGAUGCAGUACAGCAGAGACUUUAAGGGCCACCUGGCCUCCCUCUUCCUCAACGAGAACAUCAACCUGGGCAAGAAGUACGUCUUCGACAUCCGCCGCACCUCCAAGGAGGUGUACGACUACGCCCGCCGCACCCUCUACAACUCCGGCGUGGUGGACCUGAUGUCCCGCUCGGAGAGCGGGGAGCGCUCGUCCCCGUCGCGCUCCCCCAGCAGGGACAUGCAGCAGGACGAGCUGCAGGACUGCGGCAGCUGCGAGCAGAGCCGGGCGCUGCAGGAGCGGCUGCAGAAGCUCCGGGAGGCCCUGCUGUGCAUGCUGUGCUGCGAGGAGGAGAUCGACGCCGCCUUCUGCCCCUGCGGACACAUGGUGUGCUGCCAGACCUGCGCCAGUCAGCUCCAGCUGUGCCCGGUGUGCCGGUCCGAGGUGGAGCACGUGCAGCACGUCUACCUGCCCACCUGCACCAGCCUCCUCAGCCUGACGCUGACCGACAACCACCAGCACCGCAGCAGCCUCCCCGCCACCAUCCGCCGGGACACGGCCUCGCCGCGCAGCUGCCCCACGGCCGAGUUCGAACACAAGCUCUACCACACAUGAAGGCCGGCGCCGCCGGGCCGCCCGACUCCACCGGCAACACUCUGACGCUCCGCCGGCCGCCGCUUCUCACCGCAGAGGAAGAUUUUUUUAUUUUUUUCCUGCUGCGUGAGUCACGAGCUACCAAACCAUAGACUCCUGAGCAUAAUCAAAGAUUUCCACACUGAAACCACUUUGUUUUUGUGCGUGUGUAUUAUUUUUAUUAUUUUUUAUCAUUUUCUUGCUCUUCUCUUUUGGGCUGCCAGCUUGUCUGGUUGGUAUUGUUGCUUUUUGUGCAUCACUCUGUCCAAAUCCCGCCUAUUUUAAACCCCCAUCUCCAGCUCCCACGUCCUGAUUUUUAGAUGAGCCUGUUGUUUUUUUGUUAAUUAAAUUAUUACAUCAGUUGACCUGAUACAGAAUUAUGCAUCUUAGUUUUAUUUUCGCUCGCCGCCCCAGAAACCCAAAAUGACACACCUGUGUACUGUAGACUAGCCGAACACUGUACAUACCCAUUAGGAUUAUUGAUCUUUUUUUUUUUAUUAUUUCAAAGCUAUUUUAAAACUUUUGUUCUGAUUUGAGAAUGAAUUUUAUGUAUAACAGUGAAAUAUUUUGGUUUGUCAUGUUGUGUGUAUCUUAUGCCAAUGAGGAGGUAUUUCGAGGCGAAGCAGCUCUGCUCCUGAACGCGACACUGUGAUCGGGGCUUCUCUGCUCCGUUUUUAUUCAGUCUGGGGUCUUUAAAGACCUUUCCAGGGUCAAAUUGAACAGUAUCUCGCUUACACUCCGACAUCCUCUCACCUCUGAACGGGUCUUGAUGAUUACCUGCCAUUUUGUCCAAAACCACGAGCCCGUUUUUUUCCGCUCCACAUUUUCCACGACAGACUCCGACUCCCCAUCAUCUCUCCGUUUAAACAGCAGCUGCUUCCUCUGGAAACCUCAACAACACAUUUGUUUUCUGGGGCGUACUAGUGAGUUCUUCUUGAUUCUUUUUUUUUUUUUUUUUUUUGAGGUACUUGGAGAUCUGUUUGUGCAAUACUCGCUUGCUUUGUUGCCAAGCUUUUCAUUUUCAGUUUUAUUUAAUUUCAAAGACUAUAUUUAAAUGAAACAAAAAAUAUAUCGUCACUUUACCAAGGAGGUUUUUUUGUUUUUUUUUUCUCCACAUGUCUGUAGGGGGUUUGGCCUUAAUGUAGCAGCAACACACGUUUGUUAUUAUGAACUGUCCACAGACUUUUUGUUUCUAGUGAGAAAAAGGAAAACAGUUUCUUUUUGCUGACACAGUUAAGCUCAGUCACCGCAGGGGAAGGACUUUUUUUUAAUUUUUUUUCUUCUUCACAUUGUUCAAGUAGCAAUUUGUUUCUGUUUUCUGAAGCAAAUGCCACAAUCCUCUGUAAGAUAACUCUUAGAAUGAAACUUUUUAUAUAAUUCUGCUUUUAACAGAAGACAAAGUAUUAAAGUUUUUUUAA